UUUGAACAUUGGAUCGCAGUGGAAAUGCAGCUAGAUAAUCAGGCAGGUGCUAGCUGAUCAAAGAACAAAUCGGUAGGCAUCAUGGCGGAGCCCGGCCGGGUGACUGGCGACUGAUGUCGGGCUUCCCCCUGGCGUUCGCACCUCGAGUAUAUAUAGAUGUGUUGUAUAAAGUUGUACAUUAUUUCUGAGGACUUCUUGGAGCAUGCACGUCUCUCUAUUUUUAUAUUUAAAGUUUCGGACAAAUUGGACAGAAUUCCGCCAAAAAACUUGAAGUUGCCAAAGAAGUUGAAGGGGGCCGCACGGAAUCCACUACCAAAGAAGAAGACCGCGGAAGAGCAGUCCAAGGCAGGGUCCGAGGCUGACUGGCACGACGUGGAUAAGGACGGUGCCGACGCCGGUGAUGCGCAGGAAGAAGGGGAGGGAGACAAGAAAUAAGAAACAGUAAUCAAGUCUAAGCUAGAAGAGGCGAUAGCACUACGAAACCCACCCCCAAUUUUAUGACAAGGGACACCCGAAUUACAGAAACAAGGAGCGGAAGAGACAGCUCCUUGAGCAAUUCUCGAAGGAGCUUGAUAUGGGCAAGACUCAUAACCAAGGACAUCGAGACCAAGUUCCGGUCACACAGAACCGAGUACGGGAAGCUGAAGAACCGGUUGAAGAAAAGGAAAUCUGGUGGUGGCAAGUUGGUGUUGACUAGCUUGCAGAAAUGGAAGCUCAGGCAGUACACGUUCUUGGAUCACUUCUUGAGUAAACAGCUAGAGGAGGACUUGGGAACGAUUCAGGGGAGUGAGAUGGACGAUUAUGACGAUGGAGUUGACAUAGAGGAUGCAGCGGACAAGUAUGUGGCAGAGACAUCUGCUGGCGGCCCAACCCCGUAUGGUUCAGUGGCGAUUGGGGGGAGCGGGGAAAAGCAGAAGAAGCUGAAGAAGAGUCCAGCUAGCUCCUCUGUGGCUGAGAUUUUGAGCAAGUUCCUCACGUCUUCAGAGCAGGAAAAAAAGAAGACUCAGAAGGAGAUGGACACCAUGGCCAAGGAGUCGCAGCAACCAAUGGACGAGCGGGUGUCGUGGAGGCACUGGUUGAUGUCUACCUGCCUGCGGGUUCCCUCAGAACACUUUCAACAGUACCAGAGGGACACCUUUGAGGCCACGCUCCGCUAGAUUCCGAGGAAACCCUCCACCGCCCCCCAACAGCUCCAACAUCGUUGGCCGUUCCCCUAUGACAGAUGCCGCAACACACGUUUGCAGCCUCCAACAUCUACGGCCAGUAACAAGAGCAACCCAUACCGCAGCUACAGCAGCCCAUACAGCAGCAGCAACGAGUGGGAUUCGUCCAGUACCUUGGCGCCAAUACCCAGCCACAGGUCAUGGGAUGGUUGCCCCAAGGCCCCCAAGGCCCCCAAGCCACACCAGAAGUCGUCAUAAGUAUUGUUGGCAUUUGUUUGAGUAUUGUUAAGUGUUGUUUAACAUUCCCAUUUCACUUUUUCAGCUGCAGGAAUAAUGUUCCAUAUAUUUUUAGAUUCUUAUAUAUUAUAUAGGUUCUUCUCUGUUUUACUUUUGGGUGGUUGGUUGAGAGCAUCCGAUGGGUAAAUUGACAAUGGGGUUCAUAUUUUGCAGAAUCCCAGCCUACCUGGUUUGACCCUCGGGUACGUCUUUGGCUUUCUUGUAUAUGAGAGUCAAAUCAGGUUAUACCCCUUAUAAGAGUAGUACGAUUAGUGCAGCUUAUCCUAUCACUUUUAGGGGAUGGGCUAAGUGAUUCUGGUGUGGUGAGGACCUAGCACCAGAUCAGAUUAUUAAGGACUGAAUGUAUAGUUUAUGUAAAUAUUCAGUUCUGAUUUUGGGAUUUUCCCCAUCCAUAGCCGCAGCCAACUUUGGACUGGGGCUUAGGCUACUCGGUACAGGUGAAAUACGUGAUUCGGCCCCGUUGACCCUGGCUCUAAAUGAUUUAAGUUACAAGUUUAUGAGCCGUAAAAUGCAAACACUUACUGUUCUACUUACCGAUGACCACCCAGCUGGAACCGUCACAGUCCACCCAACCAGCCUCAGCUCCGGCCGCGACCACCACUAGUCUCAUAGAGCGGGUGUUCACAGAGUCGUCCCCAGCGUGGUUGUGUGACUCGGACAAGGAUAAUGACUCCAGUGCUUAGACUGUGAUAUUUCACUUCGUUUGGUCAGGACUCAGUGUGGUUAUAAUAUUUCUCAUAUGUACCUGUUGGCCAAAACUGUGAAUACGACUGUUUUCAUUUUCAACUAUACUGUUUUAAGCAGGCUGCUUGCUUUUAUUUCAUUACCCUUUACAAUAAAAACAUUCUGGAAGUA